UCCUGUGACACCCAUCAUAUUUAGAAAAUCAAAAUUCGUAGCGAAAUGGUCUUCCAAUAUGAAUAGAAUUAAUAAACGGACAUGGAAUGGAGACUGUCGAGAGCACUGCUCGUUCCGUGUGCCUCACUCCUGAAACACCUGCCCGCGUUCCUGACAGUCUCCCGCCCUGCCGUCACCUUGUCUUACAAAAUAAUUGGGGAUAGUGAAAUGGACGUUGAUGAUGAGGCGCCUCCUUUCUUUUUGCUUCACGGCUUGUUGGGGUGUAAGAGACACUGGGAGGGCUUGGGGAAGACGCUGCUGAAUAUGACGAAGCGGUCGGUGGUGGUGGUGGACCAGCGGAACCACGGAGACAGUCCUCAUAGCAGCUCGCACAGGUACGAGGAGAUGGCGGAAGAUGUGGUGAAAUUGCUGGACAAGCUGGCGGUGGACCGCGCCUGCUUCGUGGGGCACAGUAUGGGCGGCAGGACGUGCAUGUGCAUGUCUCUGAUAGCUCCUGAAAAAGUAGCCGCUCUCCUGGUAGUGGACAUAUCACCCAUAUCGUCUCCCCCACACCUCACGGAAUACUUGCCGAAAGUGCUAAAUGCGAUGAAGGCCGUGGAAUUCAAGCGGCCAAAGACCGUCAACAAAGCGAGGAAGAUGGCCAAAAGACAGCUGAAGAAGGUCAUCACUGACGACAUGAUCAUGAGGGCUGUUUUAUCAAACAUUAAUAUCAAGUCAGACAGCACGAUAGGCUGGACUUGUAAUUUGGACGCGUUGAUCGAAAAUUUUGAACACAUCGCAUCUUUUCCAGCACAGAUGAAAGGGAAAAAGUACCGCGGCCCGACGCUGUUCGUCGGAGGGCAGCUAUCGGAUUUCAUUCCUCCGGAUGACCUCACGAAGAUCCGGGGCUUCUUCCCGCAAUCAGUGGUCCACUACGUGCCCAAGACCGGCCACAAUGUGCACGUGGAGGACUCCCGCGCGUUCCUGGAGUUCGUUCUGGCCUUCUUCAAGAAUAUUAAGUGUCACUCAAAGGGACAACAUGGGGACAACACAAGUCACAAAAUAAUUUCAAUUAAUUUCAAAAUUAGGCAUGGAAUGGAGAUAACACUUCGAACUUUGCGUUACACAGGUUUCUUGCUCAAUCAUGUGAAAGGGGUCUAUUUUAACAGAAGGUCCGCAGUCAAUUUGGCUUACAAACUGCACGGGAAAUGCUCUGACAGUGCCACCCCAGUGAUUGUUUUGCAUGGUUUGCUGGGCUCAAAGAGGAACUGGGACAGCAUGUCCAAGAGCAUAGCGUCGAAGAUGAAUACGUGUGUGAUUGCCGCGGAUCUGCGGAACCACGGCGAGAGUCCGCAUGACAGCUCGCACGCGUACGUAGACUUAGCCGAGGACGUUGGCCAACUGAUAGAAACCAUUCCUGUGAAUAAGGCCACUAUAAUAGGCCACAGCAUGGGCGGGAGAACUGGCAUGGUGUUUGCUUUAACUAAGCCGGAUAAAGUAGCAAGUUUAGUAGUUGUCGAUAUAUCGCCCGUGUCCACCGCUGGGAUCCUCAACAACUUCUUCCCUCGACUCAUUGACGCCAUGAAGUCGGUCAGUUUCGAGGGCUUGAACAACGUGACCGCGGCCCGAAAUGCGGCCAAAGAGAAAAUCUUAGCCUCUGGCGUCGUCAGCAACAUGGAAGGCAUGCAUUUCAUCCUCAUGAACAUAACUACAAGGCCAGACAAAACUGUGGGCUGGGCGUGUAAUUUAGACGCCUUGAAAAAUUCAUUUAAUUCAAUAGCGUCAUUUCCCAAUAACGAAAUGGAAAACAAAACGUAUAAUGGACCGACUUUAUUCAUUGGCGGAAAGAAUUCAAAUUAUAUCCCGCCAAAUGAUAUUACAGGUAUCAAGCAAUAUUUUCCUAAAGCAGAUCUUAAAUACAUCCCUGGAGUUGGACAUAAUGUGCAUGCUGAAGAUCCAUCUAGUUUCCUUAGAAUGGUCACAGAAUUUCUAGCUAAAAAAUAAAGCAUCGUUUUACCUACUAAGAUUCCAUUACU